CUUAAUGCUUAUCUUGAUUACGAUUAUAUAUUUUUAGUUUUUAUUUUUUACAAAAUUUUGUUUUUUUAAAAAUGUCGUUUUUAAAAAAAGUUUAAGAAAACUUUUUGUUCCUCGGAAAAAGUGCACAUAAAGCUCCAUAUUAUUAGAGAAAUAAUUUGAAAAAACCCAUAUGUCACAUAAUUUCAUUAGACGUCAUUUUACAUAAUAUGUGCCCUUUGUCCGGAGAACUUUUCAAUUAUAUCAUUAUCAUACCAGACCUUAAAUUAGUCGCUCGUACUACAUUGGCUCAAUAAAUUUUUUGUGAAGUAUUCUAGUAGGCACCGAUAUUUAAAUCAUAAUAAUGGUAUAAAAAUAAAAUAUGCAAUGUUUAAAUAUGGAGGGUGUAAGACCAAUAAGAGGUCAAAAUUCAAGAGGUAGAGCUCAUAAUAUUAAUCGCAAGUCAUUAAGACAGAGCAUAUCUUCACGCCCAGUAUGUCCUCCUAUUCCAAGGGGCUUACGACCAGUUGGUCCUCGACUAAAUAAUUCGCAGCCAGUAAUGCGCCCACCAGGUCCACUACCAAGACCUCAAGUUCAACCAAAUGCGUCUACUUCUACGCCACCAGUGGAUGAGGUUACAAGAGAUUUAAAGAAGUUAGUAACAGCAGAUGCUAAUGUAUCACUUGGUCCGCCACUUAAAAGUGAUCGUAAUAAGUCUAAUGAAAACUACAUAAUACCUCGCCCCGAGUCUUCUUUAGGUGAAACGGGAAAAAGAGGUUCUAUGGGAUCUGAACUGAAAUUGAUUGCAAACUAUUUUCCAAUAACUUCACAUACAACCUGGGAAUUAUACCAGUACUAUGUUACCUUUAGUCCAGAAGAAGAUCAUAUUGGAGUAAAAAAAAACUUGUUAGGCCAGCAUCGUCAACGUUUUGGUGGUGGCUAUUUAUUUGAUGGAACUAGGAUUUUUACAAAUGUUCGAUUACAACCUGAGUCUUUUGAAUUGACAUCUCAACGCCGUCAUGAUAAUAAGAUGUUUACUUUAAAAAUUAAGUUCACAAAUGUUUUGAAUAAUAGUGAUUACGCUUACAUCCAAGUGUUCAGUAUACUUAUGCGUAAAUGUAUUCAGUAUAUCGAUUUGAAAUUAAUCGGUAAAAACUUUUUCGAUCUGAAAGCUAAAUUUGACAUACCAGAACAUAAACUCCAACUUUUGCCAGGAUACGUGACGUCGAUUGCAAGGUAUGAAAAUAAUCAAAUAUUGUUUUGUAUGGAUAUAACGACAAGAGUAAUGCGUCAAGAAACAGUAUUAGGAAUUUUCCAUCAGUAUGCUGCUACCAGAAACAAGGAUCCAGAAUGGAUGAUGGCGUUUAAAAAUAACGUUAUUGGAACUACUGUUAUGACUAUGUACAACAAUGAGUCAUAUCGUAUUGACGAUGUCGAUGAAAACUCGGAUCCUUCAUCAACAUUUUCUAAAAAAGAUGGCACACAAAUAUCGUAUCAGCAAUAUUAUAAAGAACAAUGGAAUUUAGAUAUACGGGGUGGAAGACAACCAAUGUUGAUAUCGAAAUACAAAAAGAAAUCUGUGCGACAAUUCGGAGCGGAAGAUACUCUAGUGUAUUUAGUUCCUGAAUUUUGUAAAGUUACUGGACUAACCAAUGAGUUGCGAAAUAACUUUAAAGUUAUGAAAGAUGUGGCUGCCUACACACAGUUAAGUCCAAACGCGCGUAUCAAGCGUUAUUAUUCUCUUAUGGAACAGUUGGUGUCUAAUAAAGAAUCCGUGGAUGAACUAAAGAAUUGGGACUUGAAAUUCAGUAAAACUUUAGUUGAAGUGCCUGCUCGUGUUUUGAAGAACGAAAACAUUUCUAGCAACACAAAAUCAUAUACAGGAGGCACUGAAGCUGACUGGACUACAUUUGUACGUAGCCAACCAAUGUAUGCUUGUGCAUUGAUGAAAUGUUGGGUUAUUUUAGCCCCUCAGCAAGACAUCGAUGAUGUAAAAGUGUUUGUUUCGUCUCUUGAAAAGGCAGCAAGAGGAAUGUCGUUUAAAUUACCACAACCUGUUAUAGUUGGAGUGCCAAAUACUCGAUGUGAUACUGUUUUAAUUAAAUUGGAACAAAAAAUAAACGAAUACAAUCCUACGUUGGUACUUUGUGCAAUCCCACCUAGUGGACAGCUAUACAAUGUAAUUAAACGAAAAUUGUGUAUAGACAGAGCUGUACCAUCUCAAGUGGUGUUACUGAAAAACGUUAGAAAAAACAAUUUGUCAGUCGCCACGAAAAUCGCUAUCCAGAUGAAUUGUAAAAUCGGAGGUGCUCCAUGGCACGUUGCAAUACCUAGGAAGGGUAUGAUGAUAGUCGGUUUUGAUGUGUAUCAUACCUUAAAGGGUAGUAGAAAAAUCUCUUAUGGAGCAUUGAUAGCCACGUUGGGCGACUCGCAUACCUCUGUAUUUAGCUGUGUCGAGCCCCAUGCAGUCGGAGAAGAAUUGUCAAAUCAUUUUGCUACUAGUAUGAGUAAGGCUUUGCACUCAUAUAGAAUUGUAAACAAUCAAUUGCCUAAAUACCUAAUAAUCUACAGAGAUGGAGUUGGUGAAGGGCAAAUACCAUAUGUGCAUAAAACCGAAGUUUCAAUGUUAAAAGCUGUCUGCAAAAAAUUCUAUGGCGAGAAUUCUGUUCCGAUGGCGUUUUUAAUUGUUACUAAACGAAUAACCGCCCGUUUUUUUACUAAAGAAGGGCUUCAAAAUCCACCAGCAGGUACAAUCGUUGAUAGUGUCGUAACUGUUCCUACCAAGUAUGAUUUUUACCUCAUUGCUCAACAGUUAAGACAUAGCACUGUGACGCCUACACAUUACCGCGUUAUCGAGGAUACUUUAAACCUCAAACCUGAAUACAUGCAAACACUAACAUACAAAUUAUGUCACAUGUAUUACAAUUGGUCUGGCACUAUUCGUGUACCAGCACCUUGUCAACUCGCACAUAAAUUAGCAUAUUUCACUGGCCAAACAUUGGCGGGAGCGCCUAACCCUGCUUUGGACCGACUCAUGUACUUCUUAUAAUCGCCGUUCAACCUUGGGAGAAACGAAGCAGAGAAAUGCAAUUAACACGACAAUUAUUAAGAGGAAUGGAAAGCAUCAAGUUUUUUACAAACUUAACUAUAACAUUAUGAAGUAUCCACGAUCCGAUUUCAAAUUUUUUUUAUUAGUUGGCAGAAUAUUAAAAAUGGCUACUAGAUCAAUUUUUGUUAUAAAUUUAAUAGAAAAAAAAAUUAAAUAUUUUGGUUGACAUAGUUAUUACUUUUGCACAAAUGUGAGUUAAAUUAUUUUUACAUGAGUUAUAAUGUCAUAUUUAUUAUUAUUUACAUAUUACUUAUUAUAUUAUUUUUAUGAUUUUGUGAUUCACUUGACAUUGACAUAAUAAUUU